ACCUGUGUUAAAAUGUCUCAUUGGAAAGUUUAACAAGAGUACAAAUUUGUUUAUUCGAAUCUUGUCUUCAACAUAUGCUCUGAUUGUAGCCCUUGCCUCAAUCUAGAUUUUUUUUUUCGUUAUCAGCUUGAAGAAGGCCAUGGCAGUUGGUCUAGCAAUUCAAAGUGAAGGAGCGGAAUAUGCUGGCAAGAUUACAUGGUUUGUAGUGUUAUCUUGUAUGGUUGCUGCAACUGGAGGAAUCAUAUUUGGUUAUGACCUUGGAAUUUCAGGUGGGUUGACCUCAAUGGAAUCAUUUCUGAAGGAAUUCUUUCCACGAGUAUACAAAAAAAUGAAGGAAGAUACAAAGACAAGCAACUAUUGCAAAUUUGAUAGCCAGUUGUUGACACUUUUUACUUCCUCUCUCUAUGUAGCUGGUCUUAUUUCCUCUUUCUUUGCUUCACCAGUCACUAGGACCUUUGGUCGGAAGAUAUCAAUCUUGAUUGGUGGAACUGCAUUGGUUGCCGGUGCUGUCCUUGGUGGAGCGUCUUACAAUAUUUACAUGCUAUUGUUUGGUCGUGUUUUGCUGGGUGUUGGCCUCGGUUUUACCAAUCAGGCAAUUCCAUUAUACCUCUCAGAAAUGGCACUCCCGAAAUACAGGGGAGCUUUUAACAUGGGCUUUCAAAUCUGUAUUAGUUUCGGUUUUAUGCUAGCUACAUUGAUAAACUACUGCGCUGUUAAAAUCAAAGGAGGUUCGGGUUGGCGAAUUUCAUUAUCAAUGGCAGUAGCCCCAGCUGCAAUUCUGACUAUUGGGGCAUUUUUCCUCCCGGAGACACCAAAUAGCCUAAUCCAGCACGGAAACGACCAUGAAAAGGCCAAGCGAAUGCUGCAAAGAAUUCGAGGUGUUGAUGAUGUCCAAGUAGAACUAGACGAUCUCAUAAAAGCAAGUUAUGCUUCAAAAUCUGUCAAACACCCGUUUAAGAAUCUCUUGCAAAGAAAAUAUAGGCCUCAACUCGUUAUGUCAAUGGCGAUUCCCUUCUUUCUGCAAGCGACAGGAAUCAAUGUGAUGGGGUUCUAUGCUCCAGUAAUCUUUCAGACAAUUGGUUUAGCCGAAAGUGUAUCGCUGUUGUUAACAGUUCUGAUCUCAUUUGUGGGCUUUGGUUCGACAAUGGGGUCAUCUUUGGUAGUCGACAAACUUGGCAGACGAGCUUUAUUUCAUUUGGGCGGGAUUCAAAUGUUCAUUACAGAAAUUUUAAUUGGAGGAAUAAUGGCAGCCAAAUUGGGGGAUCAUGGAGAAUUAAGCAAAGGGUAUGGCAUAUUAGUUUUGAUCUUAAUUUGCGUAUAUGUUGCUGGUUUUUGUUUGUCAUGGGGACCACUGGGAUGGGUCGUUCCAAGUGAAAUUUUUCCACUGGAAAUAAGGUCGGCAGCACAAAGUAUUAAUGUAGCUACCAGUCUUCUCUUUACAUUCGUCAUUGCUCAAGGUUUUCUUGCUAUGCUUUGCGAAAUGAAGUCUGGAAUUUUCUUCUUCUUCGGGGGAUGGGUGGCAUUAAUGACUGGAUUUGUCUACUUUUUCCUGCCAGAAACCAAGAAUAUUCCGAUUGAGAAAAUGGAGAAAAUCUGGGGGGAGCAUACUUUCUGGAAAAGAUUUGUUCCUUGUAAUCAAGAUAAUGAAAAGAGUAAGACUGAGGUAGCAUGAUCCUGCAAAUAUGUAUGCUUCAUAGUGUGUUAGGCCAAAGGUUUAUGCUUUUAUCUUUCUGUCGUGGAUAAUCAGAGCUACAUGAUAUUCUAUGUUUUGAAUAAUGAAACCAGCAUAUAUAUUAAACAAGUUUCCUGCUCAA